AUGGUAAAGACGAAGUUCACAAGGAAUGGAAGGGAGUCGACCAAGGAUGGAAAUGGUGGUGGCAGUGAAGAAGUGGUUCAACAGUCGAAGAAGGGUGGAAAAGGUGGCGGUGGGAGUGUGUCUGAACCAAAGAGAUCGGCAAAGAAGGGUGGAAAACGCGGUGCUUCUGUGAGUUUGUCAUCACCGGAGAGAUCGAGGAAGAGUAAAAGAGUUGAAGGGAUAUCGAUGUUGGCAUCUACAGAGGCGUCGAAGACAAGGCGUGGGACACAAUAUGGGUCGCCUGUGUUAUCUCCGGAGAAGGUUACGAGGCGUGGGACACCAUAUGGUGGUUCAACUCCGUCUCCUAGACAAUCGAAGAAGCAGAAGGUUACUGGUGGGUCAACUGUGUCUCCACCUGGAAACUCGAAGAAGAAUCAGGUAGAUGGUGAUGACAGAGAAGAAUGUCCCCAGAGGGAGACAAAUGAGAUGAAUCCUCCAAGUGAAGAAGAGGAAUUUGGAAAUAUAGAAGAUGAUUGUAGGCGAGAAUUAGAAGAUGGUAGGCUUGAAUUAGAGAAUGAGAAUGGUAUUGCUGGCAUUGAGGAAGAAAACUGUAGAGAUUUGGGUGUAUUGUUUGGCGAUGAAGCAAGAAAUGAUGACUGUGAGGUUGAUGAAGACGAAGGGGAUGAUGAUGCAUGGGAUGAUGAUAAAAUCCUUGAUCCUGUGUCAUCAGAUGAUGAGAAUGAAGAGGAGAUGAUACAUGCGCAAGCUUACAGAGCAGACAUUGAUCCAGAGGAGCUCAUUCAGCUUGGCAAGACAUUUUCAGAUGCUGAGGACUUCAAAGAUACUUAUCUCAGGUAUACCCUCAAAACUAGAUACAACAUCAAGUACUACAGAUACAGUAGCUUGAAGAUGAGUGAAAAAUUUGCUGCUGAGAUGAGAGAUGAUGAGGAUCAAUGUCCCUGGAUGGUCUACUGUUCUUAUGAUAAGAGGAAACAGAAGUUGAGGGUAAAGACAUACGUCAAUGACCAUAAGUGUGAGAAGACAGGGCAUUCCAGGAUACUUAAGAGGUCAGCAAUUGCAAGUCUAUUUGCUGAGAGGUUAAGGCUGAAUCCUAAGAUCACAGCGAAGGAGAUACAGGCUGAGAUCUUGAGGGAGUAUCAGAUGGAAGCCAAAGAAAACUCGUGCAUUAAGGCCAAGACGAAGUUGAUGAGAGAAAGGAGGAAGACACAUGAGGAGCAUUUUGAUAAAAUCUGGGAUUACCAAACAGAGAUCUUCAGGAGCAAUUCUGGAUCAACCAUGGACAUUGAGACCAUACCAAGAGCCACAGUUGGAAGCAAGCAGAGGUUCUACAGGCUCUACAUGUGUUUCGAAGCACAAAAGGAAGCAUGGAAGAAGACUUGUAGGCCAAUUAUUGGCUUAGAUGGAGCUUUUUUGAAAUGGGACAUCAAGGGACAGUUGUUGGCUGCUGUCAGAAGAGAUGGAGACAAUAGGAUUGUCCCUAUUGCUUGGGCUGUAGUGGAGAUAGAAAAUGAUACAAACUGGGAUUGGUUUGUGAAGCGUUUGGCCUUGGAUUUAGGAUUGGAAGAUGGGAAAGGAUUUGUUAUAAUGUCUGACAAACAAAAGGGAUUAGUGAAGGCAGUUCAUACCCUCCUUCCAGAAGCUGAGCAUAGGCAGUGUUGUCGCCAUAUAUACGAGAACUGGAGGAAGGGUGGAAAAGAUCUAAGGUUACAGAGGUUCUUCUGGUUCAUUGCAAGGAGCUACACUCCUGGUAUGUUCAACUACAACAUAGAUGAGCUUAAGAACUAUGAUCCAGGCGCACAUGCAUCUCUGAUAAAAACAAAGCCAGAGACUUGGUCUAGAGCUUUCUUCAAGAUAGGCUCCUACUGCAAUGAUAAUCUGAACAACUUGUGUGAGUCCUUCGACAAGACCAUCAGGGAGGCUAGGAAGAAGCCUCUGCUCGACAUGUUAGAGGAGAUAAGGCGCCAAUGUAUGACUAGGAACUACAAUAGGUCUAAGAUGGCUACCCACAUGAAGACUAGGUUCACCAUGAAGACACAUAAAGAGUUAGACAUGGUUGAGAAGAAGUCCAAAGGGUGUAUACUGCGAUGGGCAAUUGGGCCAGAGACUGACGUGGAGUAUAAAGACCAGUCAUAUGUUGUGAGUUUGGAGAAGGAGACUUGUGCAUGUCGAAGCUGGCAAAUGAAUGGUAUUCCAUGCAUCCAUGCUGCUAAGGUCAUCCUUUGUGCGAAAAUAAAACUUUCUGAAUUUGUUGCUCCUUGCUACACAACUUCUAAGUGGCGUGAAACGUAA